AUGUCCAACUUGGGCUCACUGAAUAGGGUUCCCGCUGGGGGAGGAAGGAUAAGCAAUUUAGGAACGAAGAUCACUUACGAUCCAACAUGGAGCAGUCCUCUGAACGUAAAACGAAAAGCAGAAAACAUAUCCUUCACAGUUGUUUAUUACUUGUUUGUCUGCCUAUGGUUUGGAGUAGCUGUUUACGCGUUGGUGACCGGCGACGCGGAAAAGUAUAGCGACUUCUACCGUGACUCUGAAGAUCUUAUCUUCAAAGAAGGAUGGAUCAUAGCGAUUGUACUUCCCUUGGCUGCCUUUUUAUCGAUAUUGUGUCUGUUGCUAUUGAGAGUCGCCGCGAGGCCCGUGGUUUACACGAUGAUCGCCUUGUUUUUCAUAGGCCUCUUGGCACUUGUGAUCACCUUGGGUUUUUUUCUGGCUUACGAUCAGUCAAAAUUAUACAUUGCUUUGUUCGUCUCGUCAGUUCUGGUGCUGAUCAUCUUUUUCUGGCUGUUCAUCGUCAAAUACAAAUUCAUCCCGAUGAUCUGCGAAAUCAUUCGAGAGGCGUCCAAAGCUAUGUUGGCCUUUCCGUUGAUGUUUUUUUACGCAAUAGCCUACUGUGUCGUAAGCGGGGGGUUUCUCAUAUUUACCGUCUGCUUGUUCUUCUGGAUCGAAUCGAUUGGCAGCGACGACGACUAUCCAGCUCACUUAGUCCUCUGUCACCUCAUCAAUGGCGUGGCUCUCGUCUGGAUCCUCUGCCACAUGUACGGAUUUUUCAAGGUCAGCGUGUCCGGUGCUUACGGCACCUGGUAUUGGACCAUGAACAAGAAGGAAGUGCCGAAAUUCACCACAUUGCGCUUCAUCUACAUCGCCUUCAGAUACCACAUUGGCCCGACAGCUUUCGGCUCGCUGAUCAUAAUGGUUUGCACCAUACUGCAGAUCCUGCUUGCGUUUGCUUCAUCGUGGUCCGGCGUCGACGCGAAUGCCGGUGCUGAUCUGUACAACUGCGGUUUGCAUUGCUGCGACACCGUUUUGUACAUCCUUAAGGCCGUCGUCGAGGCGGUCACCGGCAUGGCUUACGUUCACAUAGGGAAUCACGGCACCGGCUUCAUCGAUGCGGCCCGAAUAUCGUUCACUCUAUUCAAAAGAAAUUACGCGAAAAUCGCCGUUCUCACGCAGAUCGUGGAACUAUUGUGCUUUUUUAUGGACGCAACGAUUACAGCCUUGUCUUUUCUAUUAUUUUGGGGAUUACUGCAUACGCAAUCGGUCAAAUUAGAAGAAAGAUUAGGCCUAUUGACCUGUUUUUUGGUUUGCAUCUACUUCACGGUCGAUUCAAUAGUUCUUUUACUGAUGAUAGCUACCGACACAAUCUUCAUGUGCGUUCUUGAAGAUUACGAAAUGAACGGCGGCAGCUCGAGACCCUACCACAUGUCCAAUAAGUUGAAAGAUUUAGUUCUCGAAAAUAGACUGGAUUAAAAUUUUCAUCAAGCAAUCAAAAUUUUCGUCGCCCACGAGGAUUGAAGUGGACUUUUUUUUUAAUUUUUCACCAAGAAUUACUUGAUUAAGAAAAAAUCUACUCGUCGAUUUAUUUGCUCAUCCUUACAAACA